AUGAAUUUACAGGAUGCUGUGUACGACUGGUGUAUUUCUUUACUGAAAUCAUUUCAAUCCCUCAUUGGAGUGCCACAUAAUGAACGAUACAACAAUGUGUUUUUCGGUGGUCUACUCGGAUCGAUGUUCAGUGCACUACAGUUCAUUUCAUCACCUACAUUGGGGGCAUUGUCGGAUAUUUAUGGACGUCGUACUUUACUACUUUUAUCAUGCAUUGGAACCUUGAUAUCCUACAUUAUCUGGUUGAGAGCGGAGACGUUUUCUGUGUUCGUUUUAUCCCGAAUCAUAGGAGGUCUCAGUAAAGCGAAUGUCAAUGUAGCCACGGCCAUCGUUUCAGAUGUCUUCAAGCCUGAAGACAAUCCAAAGGGCAUGGCACUUAUUGGUAUCUCAUAUUCUGUUGGAUUUCUUAUUGGACCAAUGUUUGGUGCAUAUUUUUCAACGAUAGCUCCUAAAGAUUUCCCGCACUCCACUCCAGCCAUAUUUUCUAUUGUUCUAACAGUUGUUGACUUCCUUUUAAUUGCUUUUCUGCUUCCAGAGACUCUUAAGUUUGAAGAAAGAAAGAAAGUUGAAGAUAUCAGUCAAAGGGCCAUCCAGCUUACAUCACCGAAAGAACUUUUCAAAUUCUCAGCUGUAGAAGCUCCCACCGACAAAAAAUUGGAAAUGCAGAAGAUCGGAAUCAUCUACUUUAUCUACCUAUUUUUAUAUGCCGGCAUGGAGUUCACUCUACCUUUCCUGACCCAUUUACGAUUUAACUUCGACAAUAUGCAACAAGGAAAAAUCUAUCUAUUCUCUGGUCUUCUGAUGUUACCGAUCCAGGGAUAUGUCGUCAGAAAAACUCCUAUGGUCAGGCAAAAAAGGAUAGCUGAAAUUGGUAUGAUGUGCGUUGUACCGGCAUUUCUGAUAAUUGCUCAAGCAACUAACCAAUUCGUAUUCUACUUGGGUCUUUUCCUAUACGCUAUAGCUUCGGCGACAGUGGUCAGUUCACUUACGUCCUUGGUGACGGUAGUGAACCCAUCUAUCGAUAAAGGAGUUUUGGCAGGAGUUUUCCGAAGUCUUGGAGCUUUAGCCAGAGCUUUGGGACCAGCAGUCGCCGCAACAUGUAAGUGA